AUAAGAAGAAGAAGAAGAAGAAGAAGAAGAAGAAGAAGAAGAAGAGAGAUAAUUAUAAUGUGGAAGCUGAAGAUAGCGGGAGACGGGGAGUGGGUGAGCAGCGGCAACGGCAACGUCGGACGGCAAGAGUGGGUGUUCAACCCAACCGCCGGCACGCCGGAAGAGAAGGCCGCCGUUGAGAAGGCUCGCCGGGAAUUCAAGAACAACCGAUUCAACGCCAAGCAGAGUGCUGAUCUACUCAUGAGAAUGCAGCUUACGAAGGAAAACCCGAUUGAGGAGAUUCUUGAAGCCGUGAAACUGAAGGAGAGUGAGGAGAUAACAGAGGAAGCAAUUUCAACCACGUUGAGAAGAGCAAGUCACUAUUAAUUCCACUGUUAAACUUAUGGUAGCUAGGCUCUUUCAUUUCUGUUUUAUUUUAUAUAUUGUGUGACUAUGACAGUAGUAACAACAAAAAAAAUGAUAUGCUACAGAUUCCUGAUAAAAAAAAAACUGGAAAAAAAAACAACCUGAAAAUCAAAAAUAAUACAGAACGAAGACGGCGGGUGGGGACUGCACAUAGAAGGCCACAGCACAAUGUUCGGUUCAGCACUUAGCUACAUUUGCUUGAGACUCCUUGGUGAAAGCCCAGAAGAUGGGGAAGACAUGGCUGUCUUCAAAGGUCGGAAAUGGAUUCUUGAUCAUGGCGGCCUUGUCAGCAUCCCUUCUUGGGGAAAGUUUUGGGUUUCUGUUCUUGGUCUCUAUGAAUGGUCAGGAUGCAACCCAUUUCCCCCAGAGUUUUGGCUUGUGCCAUUGUGCUCUCCUAUUCAUCCAGGUAAGAUGUUGUGUUAUUGUCGCCUGGUUUACAUGCCAAUGUCCUAUCUUUACGGGAAGAGGUUUGUUGGUCCGAUCACCGGAUUAAUCCGCACGUUAAGAGAAGAACUUUACAACGAGCCGUAUCAUAAGGUCAACUGGAAUGCCGCCAGGAACACCGUUGCAAAGGAGGAUCUCUAUUACCCACAUCCUCUUGUGCAAGACAUGACAUGGGGAUUCAUCCACCAUUUCAUGGAGCCACUAUUAACACGUUGGCCAUUCUCCAAGCUGAGGAAUAAAGCAUUAGGAGUGGCCAUGGAACACAUACACUAUGAGGAUGAGAACAGCAAAUAUCUCUGCAUAGGAUGUGUUGAAAAGGUUCUUUGUCUAAUGGCUUGUUGGGUGGAAGAUCCCAAUUCAGAUGCUUGUAAGAAACACUUGGCUAGGCUCCAAGACUACUAUUGGAUUGCUGAAGAUGGCCUCAAAAUGCAGACAUUUGGGUGUCAGACUUGGGAUGCGGUUUUCGCAAUUCAGGCAAUCAUGUCGAGCAACUUGUGUGACGAGUACGGGCCAACUCUUCGAAAAGCACACGAAUUUUUGAAAGCUUCACAGGUGAAGUAUUUUUCGAGGAUCUAUCGUGUGAUUUGAUUUCUUAGUGUGACCUGGUUUUCCUUGUAUUUGAAACAACAUAAGACUUGUGUUACAAGGUACAAGAGAACCCUAGUGGUGACUUCAAGGCAAUGUAUAGGCACAUCUCAAAAGGUUCAUGGACCUUCUCAACUCAAGAUCAUGGAUGGCAAGUUUCUGAUUGCACUUCUGAAGGACUCAAGUGUGCACUUCUAUACUCUCAAAUGUCUAAAGAACUCGUGGGGCAGCCGAUGGAAGCAGAACAGUUGUUCGAUGCUGUUAAUGUCAUUCUUUCUCUCCAAAGCAAAAAUGGGGGAUUCCCAGCAUGGGAGCCACAAAGAGCAUAUGGGUGGUUAGAGGUGAUCAAUCAAAAGCUCCACUAACAAGUCCAAAUUCUAGUCAAAUACGUGGAGUGCACUGGAUCAGCGAUUCAAGCUCUUGCCAUGUUUAGGAAACACUACCCUACCCACAGAAGUAAGGAAGUCGACGCGGCUAUUGUCAGAGGAGCCCAUUACAUUGAACAAACACAAAAGGAUGACGGCUCGUGGUAUGGUUGUUGGGGGAUUUGCUACACCUAUGGGACAUGGUUUGGAGUGGAAGGACUGGUUGCUUGCGGCCGAAGCUACACAAAUAGUCUAGCCCUACGCCAAGCAUGUCGAUUCUUGUUGUCCAAGCAACUCCCUUGUGGUGGAUGGGGGGAGAGCUACCUCUCUUGCCAAAACAAGGGAUAUACCAAUUUGAAAGGGGAUAGGGCAAACCUAGUUCAAACUGCAUGGGCAUUACUCUCCCUCAUUCAUGCCGGUCAGGCUAAUGUGGAUCCAACGCCGAUCGAGAAGGGGAUUAAGCUGUUGAUUAAUUCACAAAUGGCAGAUGGUGACUUCCCCCAACAGGAGCUCACAGGAGCUUUCAUGAGGAAUUGUACACUGCAUUAUUCCUCGUACAGGAACAUCUUCCCCAUUUGGGCUUUGGGGGAAUACAAAAGAUGUGUUCUGUAUGCAUAAACUAUACGGGGUGGGUUUCCUGGGGUAUUUUCGAUCUGUAUAGUGUUUGUUUGAAAGUAAUUGUCGUUAUAAUGUUCAAGAAUACGUAUAUUUUACCUAGUGAAGUUAAUCUAUACAUUUUACAUAGUGUAAGAAAUUCAAGAUAGAGUCAAAACCACAGAUUAAGUUUGGAA